AUGCCAUUCAAAUUCACUUUAACUUUCAGAAAACUGAAAAUGAAUGAAGAUUCAACAACCUCCACCGAAUUGAAAUCUAGAAACAUAUUCAAAAGAAUCAGAAGAUACUAUCGAAACAAAAAAGAAAAAGAAUCGUUCGAUCAAGAGCGACUAGAAUUAAUCAUGUCCUUAGAUGAUGAAAUAAAUUGGAUCCACGAAAACAAUAUGAAAGAAGUUGACCAAUACGAAGUCUUCGAAGAAAACAUCUUGGAAACCAGUUCAGUCAUUGAACAACCCCAAGAAGAAGACUUACAAGAGAAAGAAAAUUUUUGGAGACAGAAACCAAAAAAGGAACCAAUAGUCAAAAUAGCAUCCAACUACUUGGUAAAACAAUUCCCAAGAAAUAACUAUGAAAAGCUCAAUCCUUAUCAUGAAAAUGAAACUAAACAAUCAACCGAAGACUUUCCAAAAGAAUUAAAAUCAAUACUUAAAAAACCAAAGCCAAUAACGCUCAAAUCAUUCAAAACAAGUUCAAUAACACCACUUUCAACAUAUUCCAAUUUAUCAUUAAAUGCAAAUAACAACUCCAACUCCUUACUCAACACACCAACAAGUUCAAUACAACCUAGCCAAAAUUCAAAUAUGCUUUCAUGUGGGAAACCUGCUAGUAGUCUAGAGCUAAGUAAAUAUCUGAUGCAUUCAUCAGGAUCUACUUUAAAAUGUAUGAGUGAGAAAGAGAUAAAAAAACUAACCAAAAAAAAUACUAAAAUGAACAAAAGUAAAUACUAA